AAACAAAAUAAUAUUUCCGAAAUAAAAAAUAUUUAAAAAAUGAUGUAAUUUCUCUCUCUCUCUUUCUCUCUCAUCCUCUGCAACAAUCAACUCUCUCGCUCGUCUCUUUCCACCCUUUACGAAACUUUUUGAAACUCUCUCUUUUUCACAAGCAAUCCCUGAGAAGAAGAAAAAAUAAAAACGAAAAAGAGAAAAGCCAAGGUUUUCUUUCUCCUUCUGCUAAAUCCAAUAUUCUCCUUCAACUAUCGUACCCUUUUGUUCAUUCUCUGUCGGUGCUUCAAAGUUUCAAACUUGAUCCCAAAUGGCACUUCCCCUCUGGUUUUAGGGUUCCAACGGUUACUGGGUCACCUUCAAGUUCGUUCCUUUGAUGGGUUUUUGCCCCCUUCUGCAGUGCCAGGUCUUGAACUGGUUAAAGGGUCAAGCUUGGUAGUGCUAGAGUUUCAGUGGGGGCGUGGAAAAGGGAAAGGAGUUGCAUUGUGUUUGUCAAAAAGGGAGGGUUUUUAUCUUCUUGUUCAACUAUUGCUUUGUGUUUUUUCUUGUUUUUGUGGGGCUUUUGUGAACAGUGGUUGCUUUUCGGGAAGCUUAUUUUGGAAGCAAUUUAGCCCUUUUGAACGUGAUUGUAUUUAGUGCUCUCAUGGACUCACACAAUGCUCUCUUUUGAUCCCAUCAAUAGUGGGGUUUUGUGUUUUUCUUCUUUCCCUUUUUGGUUGAGGAGCCAUUGGACUUGUGAAACCCGUGAAUUUGGUUGUUUUAUGUAGGGAGUUGGAGUAGCAGGAUUUUUUUAUUGAGUGAAUUUUUGGUAGAUCAAGGUGUUUUUUUUAUGGAUAGCAUUGACGAUUUAGCUGAAGUGUUGUUUAGAUAUAAGGGACAUUGGAUUGAUGGUGAUGGGUAUCUAUAGCAUUAGCAACUUGUUUAGGAUGAUGAGGUUUGAGUUUUAGUCAUAGGAGUGAGGUUUCACCAAGAUUGUGGGGGAAUUUGAGGAGGCCUUGGUGAUGGAGGACAUAGGGUUGUUCAAGCAAGGUUGGCAGUGGCUUCUGUCGCAGAAGGACGCCUGCUGGCGAGGUCGAACUGUGGUGACAUGUUGCAAAGACAGGAUUGCUGUGUUCGUUGAACGGCAUUGGCCUAUGGUGUGCAGGGGUUGCUCCAGAUUGGGGAGCUUGCUGAGGUUGUCAUUGAGUUUCUGGAAAGAUUCUGCUCUGAGGGGCUUUCAGUCCUUCAUUAGGUUUGGUUCAGUGAUGCUCCUGCUUAUAAUGUGGAGCUGCUUUCUUAGUCUGACUUCGAUGUAUUGCUUGGUUUACGUGCUUGUUAGCAUGGGUGUUGCUGGAGUUGCUAUCCAAUACUUGGGUUAUACCCCUGGGGUUUUCAUUGUAGGGCUUUUUGCCAUCCUAAUUUUGUGGAUGUAUGCUAACUUCUGGAUAACAGGAACAUUACUCAUAGUAGGAGGUUAUUUAUUCUCCCUAAAUCAUGCACGCUUGGUGGUAUUAAUUGGAACUAUAUAUGCUUUAUACUGUGUUCAAGUACGAGUGGGAUGGCUAGGUUUUUUUCUUGCUAUAAACCUCGCAUUCCUCUCGAAUGAUAUUUUGAAUUUUCUGCUCCAAUGGUUUGAUAAUGUGAGCGAAAGUUCACAUUCUGAAGAGCAGAAGCAAUCAGAAACAGUUAUUGAAAAUGACUUCUCUGAAGAGUGUGAAUAUCCUAUCCCUACUGAAGAAUCUGAGAAUUUGCAUUCAUGUAAAUCCUCCAGUAAACCUGCUGUUACAACAUCAGUUGUUGAUAACCAGAAAGAGCUUUCUGUUAACAAAGUUGUUAGAGAACAAACAAGUUCAACUGAUGAAAUGAAGAGGAUAUUGAAGAGUCUGAAUCAUUAUGAAGCCCUUGGUUUUGCCCGCCACAAAAAGAUUGAUGUAGCAAUUUUGAAAAAGGAAUACCGGAAAAAGGCUAUGCUCGUGCAUCCUGAUAAAAAUAUGGGCAGUUCUUUGGCAAGUGAGUCAUUUAAGAAGCUUCAAUGUGCAUAUGAGGUUCUUUCUGACUCUGUCAAGAAGCGAGACUAUGAUGAGCAAUUAAGAAAAGAAGAAUCCAUGGCUAAAAGUGUCUGCCAGAGAUCCCAUAGUAGUUCACAUCAGGAUAAUGCUGAUUAUCGUUCUGAAGAAUCCAGACGAAUACAGUGCACCAAGUGUGGGAAUUCACAUAUUUGGGUAUGUACUAACAGGAGCAAGGCCAAAGCAAGAUGGUGUCAGGAUUGCUGUCAGUUUCAUCAAGCCAAGGAUGGAGAUGGAUGGGUUGAAUAUAAAGGUUCUUUGGUUUUUGACAGGCCUCAAAAGGUGGAGAUUCCACGUGCUUUUGUUUGUGCAGAGAGCAAAAUUUUUGAUGUGUCGGAAUGGGCUAUAUGUCAGGGAAUGGCUUGUAGGCCUAACACCCAUCGACCGAGCUUCCGAGUAAACAUGGUUGGCUUGGAGAAAAGCCAGCGUUGCAACUCGAGUAGAUAUCCAUGGGAUUUGGACGCUGAAAUGAUGAUGGAUGAAGAUGAAGAGGCAUUUGACCUGUGGCUUCAGCAGGCUCUAGCAUCUGGUCUCUUUUGUGAGACCUCCAAACGCAGGAAGAGUUGGAGUCCAUUCAAAUUGCAUCAAAAGAAAGGGAAGAAGCAAUGGCGAAGAACGUCAUGCUGAAGCUGAAGUCUAUAGGGAAAGUUCAUAGUUCAUUGCAUGUCCCCAAGGGAUUGAUGGAGUAAACAUUUUGUAGACGAAAAGUGAUGGAUAUCCACAGCUGAGAU